AUGUAUGUUGUUCAUGCUGGGAGGGAUCUAAAAUUUAUGAAAAAUGAUAACCGUAAGGUGAGGGUGACAUGCAUGGGUGGCCAAGGUAAGUGUCCAUGGCUAGCUUAUUGUGGUUAUUUGCCAUCACGAAAGAUUUGGCAAUUGAGGAAGAUAAUUGAUACUCAUAGUUGUAGUAGACAACUUAAUAUUAAACUGAUGAAUGUUAAGUGGUUAAGUCAAGAAAUAGAUACAUCUUUAGUUGAGAAUCCUAGUUUAAAGGUGAGUGAUAUUCGUACUAAAGCAUUAAGAAAAUGGAAUACAAAUGUUACAAUAUCCAAGGGAAGAAGGGCAAAGUUAAUUGCCACAAGAAUGGUUGAAGGAGAUUUCAUAGAACAAUAUAAAAGGGUGUACGACUAUGGACAUGAGCUGUUGAGGUGUAAUCCAGGCUCAACAGUGCAAAUUAAAGUUGACUCUCAUAAUGGUGACCCAAUCUUUCAAAGAAUGUAUGUUUGUCUGAAAGCUUGUAAAGAUAGUUUCAUAAGUUGUAGGCCCAUUAUAUGUUUAGACGGAUGUUUUUUGAAAGGUGUUUACAAGGGGGAGCUGCUGACUGCUGUUGGUAGGGAUCCAAACGACCAAAUGCUUCCCCUUGCCUAUGUAGUAGUAGAAGUGGAGAACAAAGACAGCUGGACAUGGUUUUUGCAAUUGUUAAUUGAAGACCUUGGGGGCAGUGAAGUAUGUGGAGGGUGCACAUGGAUGUCAGACCAGCAGAAGAUGUAUUGUAACCCAUUUGAGAAAUCUUAUUACCACAGGUUUUGGUCAAGGUCUCGCUUCACAGCUCAACCAAUGUGUGAUACCCUUGAUAACAACAUCAUUGAAGCUUUCAACAGUGUCCUCAUUCAUGCAAGAGGAAAACCAAUUAUAACAAUGAUGGAGGAUAUCAGAUUGUAUCUCAUGAAAAGGUGGGCCACCAACAGAAGCAAGGUGGCAUCUAUGGAGUUCACAAUAUGCCCAAAGAUAAAGAACAGGCUUAAGAAAGAAUGUAAUUUGUCUAGAUUUUGGUUGCCAAGUUGGGUUGCACGAAAGAUUUUUGAGGUUAGGCACACUUCAUCUGUUGGGAACAAGUUCACAGUGGAUCUGGACACUAAAGAGUGUAGCUGCAGAAAGUGGAUGAUCAGUGGCAUCCCAUGCUGUCAUGCAAUUGCAGCAAUGAACUACUGUAAUGUUCAUCCAGAUAAUUUUAUACUCAGUUGCUUCAGAAGAUCCACAUAUGAAGAGGUGUAUGCGUCCAUAAUUUUUCCACUCAAUGGUCCCCAACUAUGGCAAACCACAAAUUUCAAUGAUGUACUACCACCACUGAUAAGGAAGUUGCCUGGGAGGCCGAAGAAAAAACGCAAGUUGGAGGCAUGGGAGUUAACUAAGGAUGACACUCAAAUGCGUGUUGGAGGGCAUAGGAAAAAGUGUAGCAUUUGCCGUCAGACAAAGCACAAUAGGAAUAACUGCCCUUUACGGCCCCAACCAGCAGAAGCAAACCACCCACCAGAAGCAACCCAGCCACCAGAACCAACUCAGCCAACACAAACAACCCAGUCAUCAGAAGCAACCCAGCCAGCAGAAGCAACCCAGCCAACACAACCAACACAACCAACCCAACCACCUCCAACUUCCCAAGCAUCCCGUCCACCAAAAUUCAGAGUCAGAAGAAAAGAUAGAUAG